GGAGAGAGAGAGAGAGAGAGAGGAGAAGAGAGAGAAAGAAUGAAGAAAAUUCAAUCGGAUCGAAUACAAUUUUGACGUCCGCAAGAACACACACGCACACUCUUUUCUUUCUCACUCUAAAAACUUUCUCUCUCUACAAAGUGUAGUUUUUUUUCUCUCUUCCUUUCUCUCUCUAGAAUACAGCGAGGUACAGGGCGUCGAGUACUGAAGCUUCUUCAGACUGUUGUUUGUGAGAGAAGAAGAAGAAGAAGGAGAAGAGGAAGAAGGAGAAGAGAUGAAACCCUAAAGCAAAAGAAAAAGCUUUCUUUUUUUUAACUCCGACUCUGUUUCUUGUUUUUUCUUUCUUAGCACUUUGAAUUCACAUAUAUAGAUAUUUAUGUAAAAGAAAGAGAAAAAAAGAGUUGGGUACUUGUCUUUUUUUUUUUUUGGAAUAGUAUUUUGAUCAGUGAGUAUUGAAGACUUUGUCACUGUUCAAUUUGCAACUCUGAGAUUCAUGCGGGAGCAGCUCGGUGAUUGCUGGUUGUGCAGAGACAGUACAAUUCUAGAAUGUUCAGAAUUGAUACUUGUGGCUUGGUCUCGGUUUUUAUCAGUCUCUGGCUUGCCUUUGGAAGACGUGAACUUCAUAGACAUAAAGCUUACCGGUUUGGAUUGGAGCACAAUAAGCGUUUUGAACCUUAUAGCCUUGGAUGUGUGGCUGAAGUGCUAUCUGGUUUGAGUUAUUUGUCUGGAUUUUCACACUUUCUUGUGUAACUUUAGUUUGUUCAAUUCAUGUUCUUUUAAGAUAGUUUUAGUACUUAGGUGAGUGCUUUGUAGAUUGUGAUUUUUUGAAAAAUGGUGCCUUCCGGGCCACCCAAUCCGAUCGGUAGUGCCCAGUCGGUUACACCUUCACUCUUGAGAUCAAAUUCUGGGUUAUUGGGAGCUCAAGGAGGUCCCAUGCCUCCUCAGUCAGCUUUUCCUCCGCUUGUGUCGCCUCGUACUCAGUUUAAUAACGUGAAUAUGCUUGGAAACAUUCCUAAUGUUUCGUCUCUUCUAAAUCAGUCUUUUGGAAAUGGAGGUCAGAAUCCUGGGCUUUCUGGUCCUGGGAGUAGCCAGCGUGGAGGUAUUGAUACUGGCGUUGAGUCGGAUCCACUUUCUAGUAUUGGCAAUGUUAUGGGUUUUAAUACUUCUUCAUCUUUACUUGUAGCUUCAAACAUGGCAAACCCUGGUUCAUCCGGUCAAGGACAGGGUCAGCAAUUCUCGAACCCUUCUGGUAGCCAGCUAAUGUCGGAUCAACAGCAGUCCCAGCAACUUGAAUCCCAGAAUUUCCAACAUGGUCAGCAGCCAAUGCAACAGUUCUCUGCUCCUCACAGCACCCAGCAGCAGCAGCAGCAGCAAUAUCAAUCAAUGCGAGGAGGCUUGGGUGGUGUUGGACCUGUAAAAUUGGAGCCUCAGGUGACAAAUGAUCAGCACCAACAGCACCAGCAGCAGAUGCAGACAUUGAGAAAUCUUGGUCAAGUGAAAAUGGAACCACAGCAAAUGCAGGCAAUGAGAAGUUUGGCGCCAGUAAAAAUGGAACCCCAACAUUCUGAUCAAUCGUUAUAUCUGCAUCAACAGCAGCAACAACAGCAGCAGCAGCAGCAGCAGCAGCAGCAACAGCAACAACAGCAGCAGCAGCAGCAGCAGCAACAACAGCAACAGCAACAGCAGCAGCAACAACAAUUCCUCCACAUGUCGAGGCAGACCUCUCAGGCUGCUGCUGCCCAGAUUAAUCUUUUGCAUCAACAAAGACUCUUGCAGUUACAGCAACACCAACAGCAGCAACUAUUAAAGGCAAUGCCUCAGCAGCGGACCCAAUUACCGCAGCAAUUUCAACAGCAGAGUUUGCCUUUGAGACCUCCUGUAAAACCUGUCUAUGAGCCUGGAAUGUGUGCUCGGCGGCUAACACAUUACAUGUAUCACCAACAACACAGACCCGAAGACAACAAUAUUGAAUUCUGGAGGAAAUUUGUUGCUGAGUACUUUGCUCCCAAUGCUAAAAAGAAGUGGUGUGUUUCUAUGUAUGGAAGUGGUCGGCAAACAACUGGAGUUUUUCCUCAGGAUGUAUGGCACUGUGAAAUAUGCAAUCGCAAGCCUGGCCGUGGUUUCGAAGCAACUGUCGAGGUUCUUCCCAGGCUUUUCAAAAUCAAGUAUGAAAGUGGUACUUUGGAAGAACUUCUUUAUGUUGAUAUGCCUCGUGAAUAUCAGAAUUCAUCUGGUCAGAUUGUCCUGGACUAUGCAAAAGCAAUACAGGAAAGCGUUUUUGAGCAACUUCGUGUUGUUCGUGAUGGUCAACUUCGGAUAGUUUUCUCUCCAGACCUAAAGAUAUGCUCUUGGGAAUUUUGUGCACGGCGGCAUGAAGAGCUUAUCCCUCGAAGAUUGUUGAUACCUCAGGUUAGUCAACUUGGAGCUGCGGCCCAAAAAUAUCAGGCUGCUACUCAAAAUGCACCAUCCAAUUUAUCCGUUUCAGAGUUGCAAAAUAAUUGUAAUAUGUUCGUAGCAUCGGCUCGACAAUUAGCAAAAGCUUUGGAAGUUCCAUUGGUAAAUGACUUAGGAUAUACCAAGAGAUAUGUGCGCUGCCUUCAGAUAUCAGAAGUGGUUAAUAGUAUGAAAGACUUGAUUGAUUAUAGCCGAAAUACAAAAACGGGACCUAUGGAAAGCUUGGCCAAGUAUCCUAGGAGGACAAGUACGUCAUCUGGGUUUCAUGGUCAUUCUCAACAGUCAGAGGAACAGCAACAACAGCAGCAAACAAUGGGACAGAACUCAAGCAGCGAACAAGGCUCUGUCCAAACUGGUGCUAUGCCACUUGCUGUUAGCAAUGGUGUACCUAGCGUAAAUAAUUCCCUCAACAUGGCAUCCACAUCAACCUCAACAAGCACCAUUGUUGGGCUUCUCCAUCAAAACUCCAUGAACUCCAGACAACAAAAUUCUAUGAACAAUGCAAGCAGUCCUUACGGAGGAAGUUCUGUUCAGAUUCCGUCCCCUGGUUCCUCCAGUACUAUUCCACAGGCACAACCCAACCCUUCCCCAUUCCAAUCACCAACACCCUCCUCAUCUAACAAUCCCCCACAAACGUCUCAUAGCGCCUUGACAACCGCCAAUCACAUGAGUACCUCAAAUUCAUCUAUGUCCUUGCAACAGCCAGUUCUUUCCGGUGAGGCUGACCCAACUGAUUCGCAGAGCUCAGUCCAGAAAAUCUUACAUGACAUGAUGAUGUCCAACCAACUUAAUGGCACAGGUGGUAUGGUUGGUGUUGGUUCUCUGGGGAAUGAUGUGAAAAAUGUUAAUGGGAUUUUGCCAACAAGCAAUAACACAGGUCUCAAUGGUGGCAACUGCUUUGUGGGGAAUGGGACAGUCAACAGUAAUUCAGGUAUGGGGGGUGGUGGAUUUGGCAGUAUGGGUGGACUUGGUCAAUCUGCCAUGGUUAAUGGAAUCAGAGCGGCAAUGGGAAAUAACUCCAUAAUGAAUGGAAGGGUAGGAAUGACAUCAAUGGCUCAAGACCGAAGUAUGAAUCAUCAACAACAGGAUUUGGGAAACCAGCUGCUCAGUGGGCUGGGAGCAGUUAACGGCUUUAAUAAUCUUCAGUUUGAUUGGAAACCAUCCCCAUGAAAGGCUUAAUUGAUCACGCCUAUGGUUCCAGUUCUUAACUAUAGCUGCUUAUGCAGCUUGAGAAAUGGCAGAAUUGCCGGAGGCCCUGCGAAGAUGGUUUGUAUACGGUGAAAUAUUAUUACAGGGCUUUGCUCCCACUCUGUACGAAUCUGUUAUUUAUAUAUAGAAAGGAAAAUUUGGUGGCUGGUGGUGGCUGGCUGUGUGGCAAAAGGGGCUAAUUCGCUGUGAUUUAUAAUGUACGUUUAUAUAUAUUUUUUGUUUCUAAAUUUCAUAUUUUCUUUACAUA